CCCUAGCAACAGAGUGACGUAGGGUGGCUCCGGCGCCUGGCAUUGGACGAGAGGGGAAGGAGGUCACGUGCUUGCGCCGUGCCUCUCUCCUUAUUGGCUGUCUCCGGCCGCCAUUUUGCGCGCGGAGAGAGCGGCCGAGUCGCCGCCGCCGACGCCAUUGUUCACCCUCCGGCCGGGAGAGCGCGUCAGUGGCGUCGCCCCAACCUCACUGCUGCUCAGGCUACCAGAGGACGUCUUACUAAGCAUGGAAUUAGUGAAGAACAUUCACUCUGGUCUCCCUCUCCCCGAGUCUGAGUUUGGUGUCCAUCGGCUUUCCCUGAUCCGGGGAGAUUAUCUGUACUACCACUACGGCUGCGAUGGCACAGAUGACUGCGGCUGGGGUUGUGGCUACCGGACAAUGCAGACCCUCUCUUCCUGGAUCAUUUUACAGCAGACUAAUCAAAACAACCACAGAGUACCCACUCUAAGAGAGGUGCAAGAGGCGCUGGUGGAGAUGGAAGACAAGCCUCCCAGCUUCGUCAACUCCAAGACUUGGAUCGGCUCCUUUGAAAUCGCCCUGUGCAUCGAUAAAUUCCACGACGUUCCCUGCAAACUCGUCCACGUGCGGAAAGGGGGGGAGCUGCUGCAGAAAAUAGACGAGCUUCACUCACACUUUGACACGCUGGGGUCCCCGGUCAUGAUGGGUGGAGACAGUGACAGUGCUUCAAAGGGGAUAUUGGGGAUUUUCACAGGGUCGGAGCACCACUACCUGCUUAUUUUGGACCCUCAUUACUCUGGGAAAACCCUGGACAAGGAGUAUGCCCAGAGGAAAGGCUGGGUGGCCUGGAAGAAAUUGGACCUAUUUGAUCAGAACUCAUUCUAUAACUUUUGCCUCCCUCAGUGGAAAGGUGUGUAACUGCUCAUCGCUGCAACCUACUUCAGCUGUUGACCAAAACAUCUCCAUGUCUGCUGUUGUGAAGUGACAUAUUUACAGAGCAAUUUGAUGAAAUUGCUUAACACUGCGUUAUGUGGUGCUCUCUGUAAGUUCACCCACUGACAAGAGUCUAAUGACCGAGCAGGAGCCUCCAUUGCUUCUGACUUUAGAAAGAUUCAUUCCUUACCAUGAAGAACUUUGCCGCCAUAAAUCAGUGCAUAAUAGACAAUAGGUGCAGGAGUAGGCCAUUCAACCCUUCGAGCCAGCACCGCCAUUUCAAUGGCUGAUCAUCCCCAAUCAGUACCCCUUUCCUGCCUUCUCCCCAUAUCCCCUGACUGCUAUUUUUAACAGCCCUAUCUAGCUCUCUCUUGAAAGCAUCCAGAGAACCUGCCUCUACCGCCCUCUGAGGCAGAGAAUUCCACACUCACCAUUCUCCGUGAGAAAAAGUGUUUCCUCGUCUCCGUUCGAAAUGGCUUACUCCUUAUUCUUAAACUGUGUGGCCCCUGGUUCUGGACUCCCCCAACAUCGGGAACAUGUUUCCUGCCUCUAGAGUGUCCAAGCCCUUAACAAUCUCAUAUGUUUCAAUGAGAUCCCCUCUCAUCCAUAAUCUUGACAUUGGAGUCUGGAUUUUCGGUGCUUCAGUCGUUGCCAUUGUUUCCAAUGGGAGAUAUUAACUGAUGAAGGUGCUUAGACUUACAUUGAACCGCAGUUGAUCAUUUUGCAUCAGAAUUGACCGGCUAUAGAUUGAGAUGACAUUAAGCUGUCACUGUGGCUGAGUUUUAACGUAGCCCAUUAUCGUCAUCCCAUGAUGUUUCUAGGGAACGGGAGAAUUUAACAAACCUAUUUGACAAAAUUUAACAAAAGAAGCACGUUACCUAAAUGAAAAGCUGCACAGCCGGAACCGUUCAAUUAGCUAAAGUGUAGGUCGGCUGUUGCCUUAAAAAUUAAAUAACUAUUAUUUAUUAAAAAUUCAAAAGUUAAAAAUCCCAAACAAUUAACCCAAAUGCAAAUAAAAUUACCACCAAAAUACAAACAAUUUAAAAAAAAUUAGAUCCAUUAAACGGGACGACAGAUGGCGCAAUGGGCUAAGUGUUCGGCUGGCGACCUGAAGGUAGCCGGUUCGAAUCCCGCUUGGAGUGCAUACUGUCGUUGUGUCCUUGGGGCAAGACACUUCACCCACCUUUGCCUGUGUGUAAAUGUAAUGUAAUUAUGUGAAGCACUUUGGGGUCAAUGCAAGUUGACUAAAAAUGUGCUAUAUAAAUAAGAUAUUAAAAAACAUAUGUAAAUGCUGAUGGUCCCAAUGAAUGCAGAUAGUCUCUUGAGCGAUUAAUGCUUUCUGUAAUUUCAUCCCCAGAAAAUCUAAAACCACCUCGUUCUCUGUAAAGCAUAUACCUAGCCAUCCUAAAAUAACACAGUAGAGGUCCUACUGUGGCCAUAUUGCAUUUGUCAACAACUCCCUCCUCCAUAUGAUGAUGCCUGUUCGCUUCCUUGAGAUUUCGUGGCCCUGGGACAUCCGACGUUGUCCUCAAAGUGCAACUAGUACUUGUUUUGCUGAUACCCUCCCAGACUAACCCCUCCUUUAGUACCUCAGGAAAAACUGCAGGUGCUGGAAUCCUGAGCAGAAAAACAAACCGCUGAAGGAUCUCUCAGGAAGGGUUUCAGCCCGAAACAUUGCCUAUUUCCUUCGCUCCAUAGAUGCUGCUGCACCCGCUGCGUUUCUCCAGCACUUUUGUCUUCCAAAAGAUCUCUGGGUCAGGCAGCAACUGUGGAGGACAAAUGACCAUCCGGGUCUAGCACCUUCUCCGUCUCGAGAAAGGUUCUGACCUGAAACGACACCUGUCGAUUCGCUCCAUGGGUGCUGCUUGACCUGCUGAGUUCCUCCAGCACUUUGGCUUUUGCUCAGGAUUCUAGCAUCUGCAGUUUCUCGUCUCCUAAACAACUCCCACUCUGCAAAUUUGCUUCAGUUCAUCUGGUACUUGCAAGCACGUGGCGGAAUAGCUGGUCAAACUGGCAAACAGGAGCACAGGUGUAAGAAACAAUUUACGUCAUUGACCAUUAAACUAAUGUGGAAUCUG